AAUCUCUCAAUCGAUUUUCUUUCAUCAAGCUGGCGCACGACCAUGCCCAAGCCGUCCUCUCCCGAAUCCGCCGUCUCCUACCUGCUCCGGCACCUGCUUCUGACCUGCUCGACCCAUUGUCCCAUCGGCGCCAAAACCCAUGGCCACAAUCCGAACAACAAUUUACCUGGCUGUGACGUGUAUAAACUCGUUACCAAACCCGUGCGGCGUCCUCCCCUCUCUGUCUAACCCAUCGCGCUCUUCGUCGCUCUCUGUCGCGGUUUCCCCUUCACUCGGUCCGCGUAGAGGGGAUUUUAUCAAGAGGAUCAAACACCGUCAAGAUAACGGGAAUUGGUAGUAUUGUCGAUUUUCGCAAUGGUGGUGACGGUUCCGUGCAAGGGUUGCCCCGAAAUCGGCGCGGUUUGACCUCUCCGCGUGCUCUUUUGUGCUCCGUGCGUGGCCAUAUUGACCACUUUUCCACCUUUUGCCUUCAGGAGUUCGUACGUUCGAACAUGCUUUCAUUUGCGUUAUGGUCGGUGCGAGUGUAGUUGGUGUGUGGUGCGGUGGACCUUAGCGAUUUUUCGAAAAGGAUUAGGAUUUCCGGGAUUUCUGGAAUAUGUGAGUGCGAGUGCGGAAAUUACUCCCACCAGAUAAAUGAUGCAUACCCCCGUCGGCACCCUGGAGAAGGACGCCGUUCCUCCGCCCUAUUCGGCCACCAUUCACGACCAGCCCUCCGUUAUUGAUAUGGAUGUUGUGUCACGUGUUAUCUCGUUGAGGAAUAAGGAUGAGCGCAAUAAUUUGACUAACAGUGUCGUCCGGCUGCAGAACGAACUCAACAACUUCAGCCUCCAGAAGAGCGUGAGCGAGCCCACGAUGGUCGCCGCCACCAUGCCCCCGGCGGUGCAGGACAGCUCGCCCGACACCCCCCAGCCCGCCUACGACCUCAACAAGGGCUGGAUCACGGGGAUAUUCGGCUGCCUCAGGCCCGUGCUAUCGAUAAUCGGAAAAGGAGCAGUCAACGAGAUAAAAAACAGCCAUCAAGACGACUGGGAAAUCCCCUUCGAACAAAUCACAGACCUAACCUACCUCGGCUGCGGCGGCCAGGGCAUCGUCUUCUCCGGCAUGCUCAACAACCAGCCCGUCGCCGUCAAGAAGGUCCUCGACAUCAAAGAAACCGACAUCCGAAACCUGCGCAAACUCAACCACCCCAACAUCGUCAAGUUCAAAGGGGUGUGCACGCAGCCCCCUUGCCUCAGCAUCGUCAUGGAGUUCUGCCCCUACGGCCCCCUCUCCGACCUCCUCAAGAAGCAGAAGAAGGUCGUCACCACCAAUAGGGUGGUGUCGUGGGCCAAGCAGAUCACCUCCGGGAUGCACUAUCUUCACUCGCAGAAGAUAAUUCACAGAGAUUUGAAGAGUCCCAAUGUUUUAAUUGGGGAGGAAGAAGUGAUCAAGAUUAGCGAUUUUGGUACUUCGAGGACCUGGAAUGGGGUCAGCGAGAAGAUGAGUUUCGCUGGGACUGUGGCGUGGAUGGCGCCUGAAGCUAUUAAGGAAUUGGAGUGUUCGGAGAAGGUCGAUAUUUGGUCGUUUGGGGUGGUGUUGUGGGAGUUGUUGACGUGCGAGGUACCAUAUGAUGGGAUGGAACAGAGCGCUAUCAUGUAUAUGGUAGGGUGCGGGAAAUUGAAGCCUCCGAUUCCCAAGACUUGUCCAGAUGGGUUUCGAUUGAUCAUGGAGAUGUGUUGGAAGCUUAACCCUAAAGAAAGGCCGUCGUUUAAGUUGAUCCUGAACCAUCUGCAAAUUGCGUCUGUCGAGAUUCUCGGCAAAUACGAAGACUCUCAAUUCUUCGAAACUCAAGAAAGCUGGAAGGAAGAAAUCAAAUCUCAAAUAACGCAAUUCAAGGCGCAGCUGCAGAAGCACCGAAUCGAGUUUCAGCUGAAAGAAGAGCAGCUAAUCAAGAAGCGUGAAACUGAAAUUAAGCACAUUCGCGACAUUCGGGAACUGUAUGACCGGAAACUUGAAAAGGUUAACCAGUUGUACCUGGAACUGUCCGCUGUGUUGCAGCAAGUCGACCAGUAUAAUAGACAGGGUGGUCGGAAACGUGACAUCCAGAAUAAGAGGCGCUUGAUUAAUCCUUUUGUAAGGAAAAUGGAGAGGAGGAGGAGCAAUCAUAGCACCACGCCCACGAGUCCGGAGUGUAGCCUCACUAGUCCCGAUAGCCCCCAAACGACCCCCGCGAAGGCGCCGCUCUUCGCCAAACUCAACACCUCCACCAACAACGCCGAGUCCGUGACGCAGUCCAACCCCAAGUUCCGCAAGAGGCACUACCGGACGAACUCGGGCUCUCCCCGGAACUCGGCUUCGAAGAGCUCUUCCUGCAGGAGUUCGUGCGUCGUGGACGCCGAAACCCAAACUGACUCGAUGGAUCUCAGCGAAACCGAACUCAGCCCCACCUACGACCUGCCGUCGAGCAUUUCCUCGAAGAAAGUACCCCAGAGAGUCAUCCUUCGUGAAAUUAAGAACGAAUCGGACGACGAGGGGUAUAAUGGGAAUUCGAUACAGCUGCGGUACGUCAACGACUGCGAAGAUUCAGAAAUUCAAGUCUUCAGCCGGCUGCACCCGGACGCCAUCAUCACCGACCUCUACGACCAAGAGGACACCUUAAACCGGAACGACACCACCUGCCGGGAAUCCAGCGACGAGGACCACCUCGAGACCAUCGGCAGGAAGGUCUCUGCGCUGCGGAACGGCAACAUCUUCCCCGACAUCCAGAUCGCCACGGAGAACGGGAACGUGACGACCGACCUCAGCGAGGUCCUCCGGGCCAAGACGUGCAACGGCCAGGACAGCACGGAAGACGCGUGCAAUGACAGCUUCACCGACGAGGAAGGGGAGGUCUACAAUUCUUUGAGAAGAAGAAGUAAGCUACUCGGAAAAGAGAUCCCCAAACUAAGCCUCGCCCGCCGCCCCAUCUACCCCGGCCGCCGCUCCAGCCGCAACAAGUCCAGCUUGAGCUACCACCAGAAGCAGAACGGCUCCGACGAAGGCGACACCUCAGAAUACUCAGUUUCACCGUCCAGCAAGAGCUCCACGCUCGAAUCCAACCCCGACCGGACGAAAGUUCCCCAGUCCCUCAAGAGGCCCAACGAGAAAUCUAAUUCGUCCGACAGCGAAUCGGACCAGAACGUAACGAUCGUUACUCAAGUAUCCUACAGUUUAAACAAGUCUGAGAGUGUAGUCUGAAUUGUGAUUAUUUUUGUAUUUGAUAGGUAUCCACUUGUGUAUUUUUUACCUGAAUGUUAUGGAACCGUGCAAUUUUUAUUUGUUGUUUCGUACGGGUGUGUGUUGACCGCGUCAACUUUGCCGUCUAUUUUUAAUUAGUCUUAAAUUAAUUUAUAGAGGAGGAAUCGUCGGGCGGACUUGGAUCCCUAACCGAGUCUGAGUUAUGGAUUGUAUAGUUCGAGACACUAACAACGCACCGUUUCACUUUUUCGUACUUCGUGGUGUUGGUUCGGGGACUUAUUUCAACACUAACGCAUUAACACUUCCAUAACAUAGGCGGAACGCGCGACCGAUUUUCGGAUCCUGCAGACAAUCAGACAAAUUUAAUUUCUAGUAGUGCGAUCAGAAUUCAUCCGAGAUCAGUUUAUCUAGAAGUCAGAUUGUCUGCAGGAUCAGAUUCUCGGACGCAGACAAUCUGUCACUGCAGUUGCCUUUACUAGAAAUCAGUAAGAACAGAUUAUCUGGCGGCGCGUUCCCACGUUAGGACUCUUAGAACUUAGCAGUAUUGACUGUAGCUGAAAAGGAACAGUAUUUUGGUAAAAUUCGAAACUAACCUUCUUCUUAACGUUAAAAACUACUGCAUGAUGCACUCUACCUUCUGCACUUAUCUAGAAGUAGUAUUCUGUAAUACUCAUGUAUAGUGACAACUUUUUUAUUUGUAUUUAUUUGCUCAGCUAAGACAUGUACAACCUAAAUUUGUGUAAGUUCUACGACUUGUAGAAACCUAGAUAAGUAUUUUUCUAGUUAGGACUUGACUUUCGAGCCGUGCGAGCUUAUUGGUGGGAAACUCAGGUGCGAUGACUAUUUUUGAAGUUCACGUUCGUACCACUAGGCAAGUUAGAUGAAAUUGUCAACUUUUUUCCGUUGUAAAUUCGACUAUAGGAAUAUAAUACAGUUGCAUAUUGUACUUGAAUUUUAACUAAGUGCUUGCGACGUUUCUUUAUAAACGAUACCCAUAGUACAAUAUCGCAUUUAAGGACUUCACUUGAUACUGAAAUAUUUGUAUAGUGAACUCUAUUUUGUAGGACUUUUAGUGUAAAUGGGAGAGAUAUUUAUUGAAACUUUAUGGAGUUCUACUGUAACCUUACUGUCAUUUUGGUUGUUGAGGUGUCAAAUUCCGCAUCGAAAUUGUUUUAAUCCGGCCACUGUUUACUCUUUAUCGUUGUGUUAAUUGUGGCAGCAUUGUAUGGCAACUAGUAUUAGUUUAAUUUAUUGUUGUGAAGACGGCCGUCGUGGUCUCGGUCGUCCUGUCUACUUACAUCCGUUAUCUUGUCCGUUAUGACUUUCUUGAUUUAUUUAUCGUAUAACCGAAUGUGAUAUGAAAUCAUUCCUAAUUACUUAUUUACUUAAUAACUUUCUUAAUUCAGGACUUUCGCCGAUCAAAAGUUAUUGUGAUACGAUGUCUAGUUUUUAGUUUUUUUUUAUUUUUGUGCAAAAUUUGUCCUUCCAACUGCCAAGGAAUGCCUAUUUUGACUUUAUUUUGUAACGUUUUUAUUUGUUUAAUUGAUGAUGUGUAAGUUGUUAAUUGAAUAGAAGUGUCGAUAAUU